CCCAACGUGUGGACCUCUUUCACCUUGGAAUUGUCCUCCGUCUUGUCACUGCAUCGUAGAGGGUAGCUGUUGGGAUUCUCUUGGGGUCAGCCAUGUCUUUCCGUCUAGGUCUAUCUCCUAGACUCUUCUCUCGUCCUACGCCCUUCCUCUCUUCACCUUCCGCUCCUUCCCUCCGACCAUCUUCCAUCCGACCUUACUCUCUCUACAAUCGAUCUUCCACUUCUCAUAUCAUCGCUCGUGUUCAAGCUCGAUCAGCCCCGAGAUCCAAUCUGAAACUCUACACGUUCGGUCUCGGUCUAUCCUUCAUCGCUUUCCAAUCCAUCCACUCGUCUCGUCCGCUCGCAUGUGAAUCGCAAGUCUUCGGAAAGACCGAUACAACCUUGACGGGAAGACCCAAACCCGAGGUGUUUGGGGGUGAAUUGCCGAAUGAAAGUCAGAUCUCACUCUUCCAACUUGGUUUCGGAUCAGUCGCUGGUAUCUGUACGGGCGUCUUUAUCAAAAAGGGAUUGAAAGCAAUUGCCUUUUUGCUCGGAGGAGCGUUCGUCUUGCUCCAGUACCUCUCGUCUAAAAGCUUCAUCAACGUUGACUGGGCCAAACUCACCGGAAGCUACAAUAAGACGUUUGGUACCAAAAUUCCUGCCACCGGUGAAGUCAGGAUGCCAUCUGUAGGAGGAGCCUGGGCCUGGAUGGUCGAUUUUCUCACUGCCAACUUCCAACAACGAGCAACCUUCCUCGCGGGUCUCAUGCUUGGUCUUCGAUUGGGUUAGAGCAAAGGACGUGUUCUCCAAUUACAUGAAUCUGAACAUGUAUGGCGGUCUCGAUCCUACACAAACAUGCAA